AAAAGACACAAAAACAGGAAUAUCCAUUCCAUUCAGCACAGCUUAUUUUUCUCAGCCUGAAUCAGUCCUAAAUGCAGUAAUGGCAGAAACAGGACUUUGCUCUGUUUAAAAAAAACAAACCAACCAAAAACCAACCCACCACCCAUAAAAAUUUGAGCAAUUUGUUAGUCUCUAAGGUGCCAUUAAUAUUAAUGGGAGGAAUUAGCCUGAAUAAGGGUCAGGAAUUUGCCUGGGUAAAGACCCUCCUAGUGUUUGGUCUAUAAUAAUAAAUCAGAUCCUGUGGUCUUUACUUGGUCAAAACUCCCGUUGAAGUCAAUGAGUUUUGCCUGUUUAAGAAAUGAGGAAGGCAAGAUAUGGUUCUCUAUGCUUACUGUGAAUCAGUAAGGGCCAGAUUCUGCCUCUCUCUUAUGUGGGUGCACAGUGUUGGAUGACUCAGGGAUUGCUUCCUCCAAAUUCCUUUGGAGGUGCACAAUGCGCUGAUGGAGAACAGGACAUUGGCUUCCCUCCACACUGACCAAUUGAGCUGGCUGGCUGUGCGGGGGUGGAGGAAUCUGUACCUCAAAAAGGGGCAUGGUAGCGUGCACACAGCCUCUGCCUUGAGGAGAGUACUUCUUGCUGUUCCUUCUGGAGCACUGUGGCUAGGCACUGCUCCUUACUAUGGGCUGUACUUACAUGGCAUAACUGAGUCCUUGCUAUUUAAGGGGCAGUGUGAUUGCUUAUUUCUGCUAUUUGUCAUUAAACACUGGUGGUAUCAGAAUGAUAAUCAUGAGCAGGACAUAAAUGUAUAACCUCAGCACAGCAUGGCUUCUGCCAUUACUGCAUUUAGCAGAUGACUGCUGCUGCAAAAAAAAUGCAAACUACGUAGGCUUGUAAACCUACACAAUACUUUGAUGCUUAGAGUGGUAUCCUAAAUACAGUAAUGGCAGAAACAGGGCUUUGCUCUGUUUAAAAAAACCAAACCAAUCAAAAACCAACCCACCACCCAUAAAAACCCCACCUCACUCAAACAUUCCCUGUGGUGCCAAAAACUGUAGGUUACCAUUUCCUUACCCAAUGAGUAAGAAUAGUUUAUAGGUACGGACUGUUCCAACUAAAACCAAAGCAGGGAGAAACCCCCUCUGCCCAAGGUGCUUUUUAAAAAAAGUAGAAUUCCAGAACUACAGAAGUAGAUGUUAUGAAGCAGGUUCAGUUUCUAGCAGCUUGAUCUUUGCCUUUGUGCGCAGUUGGCUUUGUGUGCAUUGAUGUCUUGUUGGUAAUUAUAGUUCUGAUGACACUCUGUAUUCAUGAUGACACUCCAUAUCAGUUUCAUCGCAACAUGAAAUGUUGCUUUUUUUUCAUGAGUUUAACCCAGAAUUGAAAAGGCUAGACAUUUCUCACAAUGGGACAUGGAUAACCUUGCAGAUUAGCUACUGAUCCUAUCUCAGUGCUCGUCUCUCACUCUUUCUCUCUUUUUAGGCAGACAAGGGUUUCCCUCAACAAGCUGACGACAGAAUAAUUUUUCCAGGUUGAUUGCUCACCCCACAUGGACCUCUUGAGAUAUUUGUACAGAAGAAAAAUGGAGAUCAAAACCCAGGGAAAUAAAAAGAGAGAGAGAGAGAGAAAUUCAGGGUUGAAAAAGCUACCAUAAAGAACCUGCUCCGGUUUCAGUCUGGGUCGGAGUAUUUUCUGAAAAAGUUCUGCAGGGCAGAGAAGUCAAACACUUAUUCACAUCCAGCAGUACAGGAUAGAUGGAGUACAGUUGACUUCACAGCUACAGGGGAUUUGGUUUUGCAAUGGAACGAAUAUGGUUACUGCUCCUCCUGACAAUUCAGGUGCUUUCGGUGACUGCACAGUUCAAUGGAUAUAACUGUGAGGCCAAUCUACAUAGCAGGUUUCCUGCUGAACGAGAUAUCAGUAUCUACUGUGGAGUACAGGCAAUUACUAUGAAGAUUAAUUUUUGCACAGUUCUUUUUUCUGGUUAUUCUGAAACAGAUUUGGCCCUGAAUGGGAAACAUGGGGACGCUCACUGCAAGGGGUUUAUAAAUAACAACACCUUUCCAGCAGUGGUCAUCUUCAUCAUCAAUCUCAGCACUUUGGAGUCCUGUGGAAGCACUCUUGUGGUAUCCUCAGGUCCAGGCAUCAAUGCAUAUGGGAAUGUAUCAGUGGUACAGAUAGGUAACGUUUCAGGCUACAUAGAUACGCCAGAUCCACCAACAAUCAUCAGCUACUUACCAGGGCUUCUGUACAAAUUUAGCUGUAGCUAUCCAUUGGAAUACUUAGUCAACAAUACACAAUUGGCUUCGUCAUCAGCUGCUAUUUCUGUAAGAGAGAACAAUGGGACAUUUAUCAGCACUCUGAGUUUGCUGCUUUACAAUGACUCAACCUACAGCCAGCUGCUGGUUAUCCCCAGUAUAGGUUUACCUUUGAAAACAAAAAUAUAUGCAGCAGUGCGAGCAACCAACCUAGAUGGCAGAUGGAAUGUUUUGAUGGACUAUUGUUACACCACUCCAUCUGGUAAUCCCAAUGAUGAGCUUCGAUACGAUCUCUUCUUUAGCUGCGACAAGGACCCACAGACAACUGUAAUUGAGAAUGGCAAGAGUCAGAUGGGCCGGUUUUCCUUUGAGGUGUUCCGCUUUGUGAAGCACAAGAACCAGAAGAUGUCUACAGUCUUCCUCCAUUGUGUGACAAAGCUGUGCAGAACGGAUGAUUGCCCCUUUCUUGCACCAAUUUGCAGUAACAGAGAAAGAAGAGAUGCUGUUAAGAGAACAACUUGGAGCCCUCAGAGCACCUCUGGAAAUGCUGUAAUCUCUGCUGGCCCCAUCAUUACAAGGAGCGAUGAGACACCAACCAACAAUUCACAGCUAGCUCAUCCAAAUGGACCUCCUUUCCAGCUGAACUCAGUCACCAGUGCACUGAUUUCAGGAAUAGUCAUUCUAGGGAUUAUGAGCGUUUUCUUUUUUGUAUGUUCCGUCACCCUCCUGCGCAGGAAAUGGCCCAGCAGCUCAGUUUUGGGUGGCAUACGAAACCCAGUUUUCAACUAAAAGGAACAAUUAAUUUGCACUUGUUCUGGGGGUGGGGGAUUGCCUUCGUUGUCCAUGAAAUAUACUUAUGUUAUAAAUUUACCAAGGCAACAUUCUGCCAGUAUCAGACUUCAGCUAGUCUUAUUUGUAGUGUUGUAGACUUUAUUGUAUAGCUAAACAGUCAUAGUGAUGGCAAGAAUCCUACGUAAUUCUUCUCAUUUGUGUUUGUGAUCAGACUAUUGAACAUUUUGCCUGUGGGUGUACUGACAAUAAAAUUGGUGUCCUACUGUCCUACUGUGAACUAGGGUCUUAAAAUUUAAAGAUGCUUAAGAUAAAACACCUUUAAAUACACCAUUAUUAAACCAGACCUGGCCAACCUGCCACAUUCACAUUUAACCACCACCUUUGAUAAAGACUGCCUCUACUUUUACCUUUUUUGUGUAUUUUCCUACUUUAUUGUGGGACCUUAUCGAGCAAAUUAUGUAGCUCAGAACCUACAUUUUUAUUUUCUAUCUGGAUUAAAAAUAACUGCAGAAAGAAUCAAAUAAGUGGACGGUGAUUAUCAUUCAUUUGGAAAUGGGGUCAUAUGACACAGUGGGCAGAAGACUGCUCUGUCUUCUAAUUCCAUUGAAUUCAGUGGGAUUGCACACAGUGUAAGAAGAGUCAAAAUUUGGCAUGGUAUCUGUCUGUCAAAUUGUUUAGUGCUGAAAAUUCAAAGCCGUUUCCUGGGUACAAUCCUGUCGUUCAUUCAGACAAAAAACUCUCACAGGGAAGUCUUUGACAACUUUAACAGGAGCUUGCCUGCAUCAUCAGUUGUUCAAUUUUUGCUAAGCCUUACUUAAAUGCAAUCAGCACUGCUAUUGCCUUGAGUUAAACUCUGCUGUCAUGGACAUCCUAGGGUGGAAAGAGUUUAUUCCUUUAUUUCUAAAACAAAACAACCCUCCCACCCCCGAACAACAACAAAAAACCCCAACACUUUUCCAGCCAAAAGGAUGUUUUAGGGCCAAACUCUGCAGUUGGAGCAAAAACUCCACUGAAGUAAUUUGAAAGGACCAAUUCUGUCAUAUCAGUUGCACAGUUCAAAAAAUAAGGUGGUCUUUCCACCCAGAGCUUUCCACAGAGUGAUGCUUCCCUUUGGCUGUUUUCCCCAUGAGUUAGACUUCCUCCUUGUUUGGGGAAAAUCCUUGCAAGAACAGGCCACGUGCCUUACCAGACUCUCAGCUCCAGCUAAUCUGAUAAACCUCAGAUCAUCUGAAUUAAGUGUGAAUUAUCAUGUGUCCCUAUGAAUAGGAAUUUAGGUACAUCUAUCCAGGAAUCUGGAAGAGGAUAUUGGUACUGAUGACAAGCGUGGCAGUGGUAGAUACAGUAGAUAUAUUAAUUUGAUUGCUAAACAGUUAGUUAGGAUUUGGGUCUAGUCUCAGUAAGUAAACUCUUAACUUCAUUUACCAUGUACUGUACAUAUUGGCUCAGCAGCACCUCAUUGUUAUUUAUCACUUUUUCCCGUAUUAAUCAUGUGUGUGCUUUCUGUGAUGCGACAGAAGUGGUUAAUGUUCAGGGGUCUCUGAAUCUCAAGACGAAAUGCAAAUACAGACAUGUCAUAUCACUCUUCUCUGAUCUAGACAAUGCUGUAUAAAGGCCUGUUCAGAAAUUAUCCAGCCUGUUGUAGUGUAGGGUCUUUAACAACAACACUGUGCAUGUUUUCCUCCAGUCUUAAUACCUCAGAAACAAUUUUUUGCACUUCAGGGGUUAGGUCUGAUGACAUGUAAAACAUGAUUGUUUAAUAGAAUAAACUGAAAAAUAUCAGAAGAAAUAUUUGUCUGAAUGUCUUUCUUAGAGGCAACAUGUAGGAGAGGACAUAGUGGGGGUCAAAUGUUCCCACAGAUUGGCCUGCUGGGAGUGGGAGAGAGAGGGGCUCUAUCCUUUCCCUGCUCCUCCCCCGUGGCAUGCUCUGCUUCUGUCCCUGGCAGCCAAGCCUGGGCAGGGAGAGGGCCACCGCUGCCUCCCCGCCAGGCUCUCUCAGGCAGAAGCGGCUUCGUCUCAUUCCCUGCCCGGCUGCCAGGGAGAGCGGCCGAACAUGCAGGGAGGAGGCACAGGGAGAGAAGACUGGAACCCCUGCUGCAGUUAAUGUGGGUGGGGAGAGUGCGGUGGCCCGGGAUGGGCACAGGGCAAUGAGGUCACUGGGCGUAGGAGGCACGUGAGUGAUCACAUGUCCUCCCCUUUAGAUUGUUCCCCUCCAAUAUGGGGAGGCACCAGUCGGCUAUGGUUAUUGUCUUGAUUCUGUUUCAAAUUAAAAUACUUAAUCCUACAGAGGUGAAAAUUGGGAUCACAUGUUUAAUCUAAGUAAAUUUCUUAUAUUGUGACUAGAGCUGGGUGAAAUGUUUUUUUAUUUUAUUUUAUUUUAUUUUAUUUUAUUUUAUUUUUUUUGGCUGAAUAGUUUAUUUGCCUAAAAAUGGGAACUGUUCAUGAAUUCUCAUCAAUUCAGCUAAUAAUUUCUGCGGAAAAGUGUGGGGGGGGAAUGCAAAAAAAAGUCAAAAUGUUCAUUUUGAUGUGUUAAAAAAUAAAUAUUUUGACUUUUUGUUUUGAAAUUUAGCUAGAUUUCAUUAAAGAAAAGUGGUUAAAAAACCAUCUCAGAAUGAAACAUUUAGUUUUGGACAGAAUUAAAUGUUUUGUUCAACCCCAAAAUUUUUUUGCAUGGGUUGUUUUUGUUUUCGUAAGAAAAACAGAAACAUUGUUUCAGGGCAACCUGAAAUGAUUUUUUUCAGAUACUUUGGUUUGGCCACUAAAUCAAAAAACCAUUUUACUGGCUGAGCUCUAACUAUGACUUAAUCUAAACAAACAUCAGAUAAUCAUAGUGAAUCUAAGGGGAGUAGGGAGAAACUGGAGAUUUGCAGGAAAUGAGUGCGAUUCAGAUUUCAAGGCUUAUCAUGAUUCAUAGAUUUAUUUUUUUAAGGCCAGAAGAAACCACUGUGAUAGUUUAAUCAGACUUCCUGUAUAAUGUAGGCCAUAGGACUUCCAUGAAUUAAUUCCUGCCUCAAAUCUAAUAGCUGGGUUUGAAGAAGAACAUCUCAUCUAGAAAAGAUCCAGUCUUCAUUUAAAGAUU